AUGCCCGCGCAGGCCUACGAGUUCCAGGGCUCCUACUCCUCGUACUACGUCACGCUCGGCCUCUUCCUCAUGACCGCCCCGGGCCUGUGGUCCCUCAUCAAGCGCGCCCCCAAGGCCGCAGUCAAGCGCCAAACCUUCGAGAUCGACGGCCCGAAGGUCGAGGGCGCGAAGCCGCUCGACGACGUCGCGCGCGGCGUCGCGGCGUACUUCCUGAAGUACAACUACAACGUGGCGGGCACUGGCGAGGUCAUCACCUUCGAGGGGACGUACCAGGCGUCCAAGUCGCAGGCGUUCGCGAUCACGACGUACACGCUCUUCUCCCUCGCGUCCAUCGCGCUCGUCCUGUCGAUCGUCGUGCCCGACGUGGGCAACUGGUGGUACUCGAUGGUGCUGCUGUCGCCGCUCGCGGGGUACUACUACUGGUCGAACGGGGAUCGGCAGGAGCAGGUCAAGGUGAAGAUGGUGACGGCGGACGACGAGAUGACGACGGACAUCAUCGUCGAGGGCGACAAGGAGGAGCUCGAGCGCUUUGCGUUUGAGCUGGGCUUCGUGGAGAAGGGCAAGGUGCGCGUGAAGGGCGUGCUCGAGGGCUGA